GCCACACAUGCACACUUCACUGCUAGUGCUAGCUUGCUGGGUUGAACUUCAUUAUUAAAAUUUUGUUGUCUGGACUGGAUGGAUAUGAAGAACAGCACUGCAGUACUGGUUGUUUUCAAGAUCGGGUGUAAAAGUUGGCUAGCUGUAGAUUCUGGGCGACACGAACCGCUAGUACUGCUAGUCGCUAGUGCUUGGCACUGUUGUAUUUGUCACUCGAAGCGCUAGUACUAGUGGGUAGAGUUUUUCUUGAUGCCUGAUGGCUACUCAAAGAGCCAGACCGAGAAAGUUUGCGGACCGCAUCGCGCGGGAGCACCAGCGAGCGAAGGAGCAGGCGGCAGAAUUCGAUAAUGUGCUGAACUAUCGACGAGACGAUACAGCACCAAUGGGAACACCUCAGUCGGCAGGGCCGUAUCCGUCGACACACGAUGGCCAUUCGCUCAUGGGCCAUGGACAUCAGGGUGUCGGUUGGAUACCCGGACCGUACACGGGGCAGCCACGCCCAGGAGCUGUUGAUGCAAGUCUGCCGACGUACGACUCAAUCGGCCCCUCACAUCACAUGGGGCUUCAGUCUACAGUGCCCAGUGGCGCUGGCGGACACGGCUGCGUAGCAAACCUGUUCACGCCGCGGUCGGCGUUUGAUCCCCAGUGGGUGAACUCGCGAAAACGUCCUCCUGGAAGCCAGUUAACGCCGCGGUCACCGGAGUUUGUACCGCCGCAAAUACCUCUGAUGCAGGCUAAUGGUGCCGCCAAUCCGCAUUUCUUCAAUCCAGCAGGACUCCAGACUGCAAUGAAUCUGACUUCUCGGGAGACAUCUGAUGCUGCCCAGAUGGACAUGAUAAGGCGACAGACACUAUCGUUGACGGACAUCAACAGCGCGGCUCGGCAGUUACAGGCGCGUCAACAGCUGCAGCAGCAACAGCAACAGGAGCAGCAACAGCAACAACAGCAGCUGCGGCAACAGCACCAAGAGCGGCUGCUGCUGCAGCAGCGGCAGCUGCAGGCUGCACGUCUUCCCGGAGAUUCAGCCUUGCAGGCCAGUGCAAAUGCGGCGGAGCAACACCUGUCGCUGCUCAUGCCCAA